GGCGGGAGCGGGGGCUCCUGCGCUGGCAGGCGGCGGCAGCGGCAGCGGUGGCCAGGCAAUAUGUACUUCGGUGGCAGAUACUGAACUGUCUUGCACUGUCUAAAAAAGUGCUGCUCUAACUUCUACUGUAUGGACUCUUGCUCAGUAGCAUGGGAGAAGAGGAAGGACUACACCAAACACAAUUACUGAGGUUAAGCAUGCCAGUAGAAACUCAGGAGGAGCGAGGAGAAACUGCCUCUCCAAUAGGUGAAAUACAGCCGUUGAGAUGUUUGCUUCUGUGCGAAGCAGCGGCUCCUGACUUCCAUCAAGUGUGGAGCUUAAUGGGAGCCAGGAGCUGGGAGCCCAUGCCUCUACGAUGCCAUGACUUGUGGACCUGCUCACCCCUGGUUCCCGAGUGCCGUCUUUGGGACCCAGUCCAUAUGUUCCUGACCCCUGUUGUACCACACAGGCCAUUCUAUAACCUGGACACAAUGUUUGUGCGAGGAUUAAAGAGAAAAUGUUUUGAUGGCGAAGAAGAUAUUGAAGGAACUCUGGCUGGUAUUAAGGCUAUUCCUUCAUAUAAUCUUCAGCGGCAGUCACUUUUAGAUAUGUCCUUAGUUAAACUUCAGCUGUGUCACAUGCUGGUUGAACCUAACCUUUGUCGUUCGGUACUUAUAGCCAACACAGUACGGCAGAUCCAAGAGGAAAUGACUCAAGAUGGGACUUGGCAGAUGAUAAAUACACAGAGUACAGGGCAGGCAUCCCUGGAUCGUCUUGUUUCAACAGAUAUCCUCUGUCGUUCAUCUAGGGAACAAGCUGAGGGAAAGCAUGUUCCAGGCUAUGGUACUUUCAGUAAAGACUUUGAGGGUGACCAGGCACAAGAUAGUUCAGAAACUAUGUCAACAGCCUCUUCAGUGCAAGCUCCAAGAAACCUGCAGAGCGAUGUGUGGGAAAUGGAGAAUCCACAAGAAAAUAAAGGAAACUUUCAAAAAUCAUUAGAUCAAAUAUUUGAGACACUGGAGAAUAAAAGUCCUAAUUCUGUUGAAGAUCUCUUUUCAGAAGUUGACAAUUCCUACUAUGAUCUUGAUACUAUGUUAACAGGCAUGAUGAGCAACACAAAAAUGGGACACUGUGAUGGGCUUGAAACGUUUUCUUCUCCAACAACUACAACGUCUAACUCUAAUUGUAAAUCUGAUCUUAAUGAGCUUGAUCAUAUUGUGGAAAUCCUUGUUGAAUCAUGAGACUCCUUGCGUAGGAGAUAAAGAUCUGUUAGUGGGGGGAAAAAAAAGACUCAAGAAAGCUAUUUCCACAGUUUGUUCUAUCAAAUCUGCACGUAUAUUUUACAAAUAUCUAUAUAUUAUAUAGAUAUAUAUAUUAAAAAAGCACUUCAUAUUGCAAAAUAGUGUUAACUCUUAAAGUUAACCUGCAACUUGUAGUGUAAUAAUCCAAUUUAUUGUCCAUUGAACUGUAAGUACAUACGGUAAAUGUUUUUUAAGUUUGGGGUCCAAGGCUCUUGAAAUUGGGUUCCUUUUACCAAUUUGUUUUAGGCUUUGAUGGAGGACAUGCUCAGUGAGAGGGAGUGUCUCAUUGUUUUCUUUUACUUCUCCCAGUAAAAGUGGUAAUAAACAUAGAGAGAAGUUGGAUAGCUGGUUCCCUAUUUUACUCUGGUUUCCACUUUGUUACACCACAUAAUUCCUACUGUACCUGCUGCUUCUGUUCUAAGUUGCUACAUGGCUCUUAAAGAGCAGUUUGCAAUAGUUCCUGUUAUCCUAGCUAGCUUAUUCUGGUUUUUGCUACAAUUUUUACUUCAAAAAUAGUUUUAAAGUGUUUAUUGGUGUUUAGAUUUUUCCAGGUAUUUUCCUAAAGUAUAUUUUUACUACAGAUGUUAUGUCAGCUGCUAACUUAGUAACUUUUGAUCAUAUCUGCAGUUGAUGUAUUUUUUUGAAAGAUUUUCAAAAAGGGAUGUUUUUUUACUGUGAACUACCCAAUGUAGUUCAGUAAAGUGUAUGUAAAUGUAAAUAUACUAUUUUAUACUUUACAUUAAAAUGUAAGAGCUGUUUUCAUGA